UCUUCGUUCGUGGACACAACACUCAAACUAUUCUGGAGAAGACACUUUCGAAUUCAUACUCGAAGAUAAGAUGGGAUCCAAGAUAUAUUGUACCUGUAAGAAGAUCUUCCUUGUUCGUGUUAAGAAUUUGCAAGUCGGUCAAUGGAGGUUCCUCGAAAAUUUCUCCGUUUACCCGGUUACUGGGAUGUACAGACUUUCGGGCCAUAAAUUCAAGAUUUCCAUCACAAAAUGUUCCAUUGUCACCAACUCCAGUCUGACUACCUGUGAGGUUCCUUCGAUUGAUCAUAACAAUGAGAGUUCAUCUGAAGAUCUACCAACAUCUGGAUCUAAACAUAAGGAAGGAGAUGCUGAUCUUAAUGACAUGAAUUCUACAUCCAACACUAAAAGAAAACACAUGCUUAACGACGAAAUUUAACGAGGAAAAACAAUCCUCGUAAAUUUGCGUCGAGUUUACGA